ACGUCCUGCGUGUCCUCAGCCUGACGCAGGCGCGCCUUUGUCGGCCCCUUUUGCGGUGCCCAUUGGCUCGGCGGCAGCACGUCCCUCCCUCCGGAAGUGCGGACAUUUCCACUUGGACCCGGUGGACGCGGCACUUCGGGACCCCAGCCUGGGAGGAUGGUGUGUAUCCCUUGCAUCGUCAUUCCAGUUCUGCUCUGGAUCUACAAGAAGUUCCUGGAGCCGUACAUAUACCCUCUGCUCUCCCCCUUUGUUAGUCGCAUGUGGCCUAGUAAAGCCCUCCGAGAAUCCCACGACAAAAACAAAGGCCAAGUAGACUGCAAGGGUGCAGACAUGAAUGGAUUACCAACAAAAGGACCAAUGGAAAUCUCUGAUAAAAAGAAAGACUAAAGUGCUUGUCCCAAAGGAUCGCAUUGUUUAAAAAUGGACCUGUAAUAUGAAGCACCUUGCUUGUAAUUGUCUCUGACCUUUUUCUCUGAGACCAGGAUUCCGGAUAGAUAGCUUAGCUGCUUACCUGAUACUAAUCAGGAAAUACGUGAUAUUUGUAUUUAAGAUGUGUUUAGUGAGUUGUAUUUAAUGAUCUCAUUCCUGAGUUCCUUUUUCAUUAAAGUAGCUUUAAUUUCUCUUAUUACAGUUACGAAGAAAUAAAAGGGUUGUGCCUGUAGACACGGCUACUGAAUCAGUACUCAUAAAUCCUUGGACCUCUAGCUUUUGUUCAGGCUCUUUGAAUUUGAACAGAGCAUGACGUUACUGUGAAACAGUGCAGUGAGACUGUGCAGUGAAAGGAAAGUGUUUGGAGGGAUGAUGAGGACUUGAAACUUAAAGAUAUAAUUACUGUCUAAUACAACAGAGAAGCUUACUCAGGAGGGUAGCAAUUACUACUUACGGCUCUGAGAAAAUAGAAAAGACAGGGAAAUUGGGGAGACGCCUUUGAGAAAUGGAAUACCUUUUACAGAAAUGUCUAAUAUACACUAAUUCUAAUCCUUGUUGCAUUCCUUCUAUUCUUACGAAGUAUAUUAAAUAUUCUGUUUAGCGUG